AUGUAUGUCAACAGGAUGUACUCGAUGCAGAACGACAUUAUGUAUUUACAGUCGAGGAGGAAGGUCACCCAGUAUUAUGUGUUGUCACUGCUUUCUGAUUUUAUGAAAACUGUGUUGCUUUUGUUUGACACGUUGGCCUUUUGUUUUACCAUCUCCACUGCUUUGCUUAUGAUGCUUUUUGGAUAUGUGGGUGUCAUAUCAGAAAAGCCAAUUGCUCUACAUGGAAAGCUGUACAUAGGGACCGUUUAUUUCGACAUUUUGCUGAAUUUUUUAAUUGCCGUAGUUUUUAUUUACAAUAUAUUUAGAAUGCCCUCGUGGAACUUGUCGUACGUGGCUAAAUUUAUUGUAAACCGUAAUUUUUUUUAUUCCAUUAUGACCAUGAUUAUUGGCCUUUGUCUCCUUUCCAUUGUGUUUAAUAUAUAUGCCUUAUAUUACACGCGAAGGUUUAAAACGUUGGUAAGGGCCAUAGAAAACGAAACCAAAAAUGCAAGAGCAAAUGAUAGGGUACCUGCAAGGUCCAAUUUAAGAUCAUCUACCAAAGGGAACAAGAGUGCACGAGGAAAUGCGAACAUGAGGGUAAACUUGCAAGGAAAUACGGAAGGGAGCGUACCCACAGAAGGAAACGCGCUCGCACCAGGGAAUGCGCAAUCGAACGGAAAUGGGAACAAAAGCGGAAAGGCACAAGCACUUGCGAGCACACGCCUAAACGGAAAGGAAGAACCAGCACUAAGCGGGGAAAAAAUAAGCAUUAUGGUUGAUGAGAACACUGGACCAGAUGGCAAACCUUUGGAGGACUCAUUCGCAUUGGAAAAGCCGUCCUUUAAUGUUGCCAAGAUGGUAUUCCCCCUGAAUGCAGAGACCAAAAUAAAUGACAUUCUAGAGGACAAUGCAAAGGCAAAACUGAGCACGAAAAAAAAAAUUACACUUGGAUUAGACAAGGAGCAGCAAAGCCUUGAGUCGAGGAGGAAGAAAUUUGUGCAUGAUGAUAUUGCCCCAAUGGAAAUAGAAAUUAUCAAAGAAGAAGUAAAAGAGGAGCUGCCAUCUGUGCACAAGGAGGAAAAGGAAUUGCCCCAAGUUAACCCUUCUGAGAAGGAAGUGCAACCAGAGAAAAAUGCUGAGAAAGAAUUACCUCCAAUGAAUAAUGUUGAGAAAAACUUGUAA